AUGGCCACUGUUACAGAGUACAACAAAACCGGCUCCCUUCGGACCGAGCAAGAGAAGCUUACAGAUUCCAGGGCGCCUGCUGAUACCAUCAACCCCGAAUCCGCGAGCUCUGAGAUGGAGGUUACACAAAAACGGAAAGCGUCUAUAGACUCCCUUGAUGGAGCGGAAGAAUCAUCAAAAAGGGCAAAAUUCGAUGAUGGCGAUCAUGGCGACCCACCUGCACAGGAUUCGACACAGGACUCGAGGUCGCGCGACGAAGAUUCCCGAGCCAGUACCGCUCGACGGGCGCCUUUAUCAAGGGAUGAAGAGAAGAAGCGGGGUAAGCGGCUGUUUGGAGGUCUUUUGAGCACCCUCAGCCAGACCAACUCCAGCUCGCAGCACAAGAAGAGGAGGGAGAUUGAGCAGCGACAGCAGGAGAAGGCGCAGAAGCAGAGGGCAGAAGACGAAAAGAGACGGACAGAGAAGCUCGCGCGGAUCACCGAGGCGCGGUGGAAGGAGCAAAUCUUGUUUGACGAGAAAGUCUACUAUCGACCGUGGAAGCUUACCAAAGAACAAGAAGACGAGAUUGACGACCAGGUGCAAGACGCUAAGAACACCAUCGCGAGAGAACUCGAAGCGUUCAAAGAUCGGAAAGAAGAACACGAGAGACGCCACGGCCGUGCCAGGCCGCCGGCCACGGCCCAGGAGGAGCCUGUGCCCAUGGUCACAGAAGAUCAACCAGCAGAGGCUCCGCCAGAGGUUUCUGCUGAUGCUCCCGCAGCUACCGACCACACAGCUGCGUCUUCCGACAGAGACAGACAUGAGCGGGACACACAUGACGAACCUGGUGAUGUCGUUGAAAACGACGAGGAUAUGGUUAUCUACUAA